UCAGAGUAAAGACAUGACAGCUAGGUCAGCACUGCUUUUUAAACUGCUGAGUUUGGCAACAGCUCUUUCUUUUUCAACUGCUGCACAACUCUCAUUUAUUAAUGAGCCUGUUUACAAUAUACUGAGUGAUAUAGAUGAUGGUUGUGUUGAUGUGGAUUUACCAGGACCACUUCACUUCGGUUGCUCAACCUUUAACAGGGCCUUUCUUAGCAGCAAUGGCCUAGUCAGCUUUGGUGGAGAAUUUUCCUCUUAUUAUCCAGUGCCUUUCCCUCUACAUACUAAUAAAGCCAUUCUGGCUCCAUAUUGGGAUGAUAUAAUAUUGUCACAAAAGAGAGAGCUCCGUUAUCAAAUAUUUAAUAGCACUUCUUAUCACACAAUUGAGGUCAAUAACUUCCUUACAAAUUAUUAUGAGAAGAAUUUUGCAGCUGAUUGGAUACUGUGGGCUUAUUGGUGUCAUGUAUGCCCCUACCCUAACAAGGAUUGUGCAUUACAUAACGU